AUGGCCUUGGAUCUAACACAGCUCACUCAAUUGGAAGGAUUGUGCGAAGCUUUUUAUGGGGGUGAUGUGAAUCAACAAAAACAAGCACAUGAAGUUUUGCUACCUCUUAUAUGUAAUUUGAGUUGCUUACCCCAACUUCAAGCUCUUCUUGCACAGAGUAGUAAUCCUCAUGCACUAAUGUUCGCAGCAACUGCUCUUUCGAAAUUAUUUACUUCCAGCUGGGCCCAAAUACCAGAUAAUCAGAAGGAGGAGACGAAGACUUUUUUGCUCAAUUAUCUCUAUAAAUGUGGUCCAGAUAUGUUACGCACUGCUCCUUACUUGGUUGGUCACUUUGUCAGGUUGCUUUGUCAAAUUGUUAAGUAUGGCUGGCUAGAUACACUUAAUCCACGACCUACAAUAACGGACCAAGUCUCGCAAUUUUUGAAUGCGUCCACUUCACACUGGAUUGUUGGACUGAUCAUAUUUACAUCACUAACUCAGGAAAUGCAGUAUUCUUCAGGCGUAUACUUUGCUAAAUAUCGUCGUGCUGCCUUAUUGUUUAGAGAUACUGCAUUACCGACAAUAUUUCAAGUAGCGAUGAAGACACUAAGACAAAUUCACCUUGGUAGCAUUUCAAUUACAGACUAUCAGGAAGAGUAUAAACUACUGAAGCAAGUUUUACAAUUAAUACAUAACUGUCUAGCAUAUGAUUUCAUGGGAACUGUACCUGAUGAAACUUCAGAAGAACAAAAUACUAUAAUGAUACCUCACUCUUGGGCAGUUCUUCGCGAGGAUUAUAUCCCUAUAAUAUUUUUUGAUAUAUAUGCAAAGUGCUGCUCAAUGUCAGAAAAUAUGCCUGAUUGUGCUACAUUAUGUUUGCAGUGUCUAAUUCUAGUCUCAUCAAUACGAAGAUCUUUCUUUUCAACACAAGCCGAAAGGACAAGAUCAUUGGCAGCCUUAAUGUCAGGCACUGCAGGGAUUAUACAAACUAGAAUGGGGCUGGACAAUGAAAAUUGUUUUCAUGAAUUGUGCAGACUACUGGGCAAGUUGAAUACUGCAAAUCAAUUAACAGAACUGGCAUCUACUGAUGCUUUUAAUUUGUGGAUAGAACAAGUGUAUAGUUUUACAAUAAAAGCACUUGAAGAAUGGAGUGUAUUGCCAAAUAGCAAACACUAUCUUUUAGGUCUAUGGAGUCAUAUGGUUAUACCUCUUUUAUACCAAGGAAAUAGAGCUCCAUCAAAUUUGGAAAGUUUCAUAUACAAUGUCACAAUAACAUUUAUUCAAAGUCGCAUAAAAAUUGCAGAAGCUAUAGCUCAAGGGAGAGAUAUUGAAGAUCCCUUAGAAAGUGAAGUUAUGAGGACAGAACAGCUUGAUGUUCUUGCGCAAUUAAGUAGAUGCCGUUAUCAUGAUGUAGCUGAUUACAUUGUAAAACUUUUCGAGCAAGUAACUAGCAAUGUUCAGAAUGGUGUUAUAUCCCAAGAUUGCUUUAUUUCGCAAAUAACAUGGUGUGUUUACAUGCAUGGCGCUCUAAUUGGCGGUCAUACAAUAAAACUUCGCCGUCCAUUGUUGCCGGGUUCAAGUGGUGGAAAUCAAAAUAGUAUACCUGAUAAGAGCCAAGAAGUAUCACAUCAUGUUCUUAAUGGUAAACUAGCUCAAUUAGUAUUUAGACUACUGCAACAAACAGAUGGAUUAUCUGAUACCCCUGAAUCACUUGAACUUGCCUAUCUAUAUUUUUUGGAACAAUUUAGGAAAGUAUGUUUGGGUGACUAUGCUAAACAGUUUAUACAGCCAGAUUCAGAGGAAGCAACUUUAGCUUCGAUAUUGGGCGUGGAAUCUGAUGAUGAUGUACUAAGUCUGAUUAUUGGGAAGAUAGGGCGGAAUUUGCAGAACAAGUGCAAAAUGGAAAGUGUUAUUAAGAGGUCAUUAAAUUUGUUUCAUGAACUAGCUGCAGGUAUUUCUAUUGUUCAAUAUACAGAUAGAACUACACAUCUUAUUGUUUCCGGUCGUCUCCUUCUACGUAAUGAACAGGUUCAGAAAAUCAUGCAAAAUCACUCUGCACCUGAGUUUGCUUUUCUAAAUGUUCCUAGAUAUGGGAAAUAUAGAACAUCUUACUACUUUAUACUUGCAAAAUUGCUAUUUUUAGAUUUAAAGGAAGAAGAGAACAAUCAUAGUUCAACUAUAUCUUUUGAACAGUUCAUGCAGCCACAAGUUAAGACUUUCGAUCUACUAUGGGAUGAAAUUGUAUUAAAAAACAAUUUAAAUAGAAUUAGUGGAUUCACUGGUACACCUCUUUCUUCGAACAAUACCUCUCUUGCAUCUGCAGGAUAUCACCCAUCUCAGUUUCGUCAGCCACUAAUUGGGUUAGCGAGGGAUCUUAGGGGUAUUUGUCUAGCAUGUGUCGGCCCAGAAAGUUAUAAUCUCCUAUUUAAUUGGUUAGUAAACAAGCCUAAACAACAAGGUCAUAGCCGUGUCCACCUAUUUACCUGGGCUGCUGAUCAAUUUUGGGAUGAUACAGAUGUAAUGGUAGCUUUAUUGAAGUUUAUGGCUGAAUUUGUUGACAACAAGUCUCAGCGUAUUUGCUUUGAUAGGACAUCUCCAAAUGGUAUCUUAUUAUUCAAGGAGGUUUCAUCACUUAUAUGCACUUAUGGAUCGCGCAUUUUAUCCAAGCCAACUGCAUCAUUCCAAAAUAUCUAUAAAGAGAAAUACAAGGGAAUCGCAGUUACACUAGCUAUGCUAUGUCAUGCACUAUCAGGUGGGUAUACUAAUUUCGGUGUAUUCGAAGUAUAUAAUGAUCAAGCACUUGAAAGUGCACUUAGACUAGCAUGUCAAAUGUGCCUAGUUAUUCCUGAACAUGAUUUACAAUCUUAUUUGAAAAGUUUAAAGUCGUAUUAUGAAUUUUUAGAGCUAGCAACACGAUGUUUCAUCUCAACUUUCAUGACGACUCUGGAGCCACAACAUCUUGCAGUUAUAUGCUAUUCCAUUGAAUCGGGACUAUGUGCUGUCGAUAAUGUCGUUCUAUUAGCCUGUUGUGCUACUUUGGAUCAUCUAGUCUCCUUUAUUUUUACAACGAUAGAAAAAGAAAAUAUAAUAUUUCCUAAUGGAGUCGGGGUAAGUACAAAUCUAAACUCAGAGACAGAUGCAAUGGAAAAUGACAAUAUUACAUCCUUGAGAAACGGAACUAAUGGUAUUUCACCUGAAGGUAAAGCAAUAUACCGCUUUUUAGUCGAACAUCCAAAUUCACUGGUUAGGAUUAUGCAAUUAAUGUUCAACCUUAUUACUACUGGAGAUUUGAGCACAUGGACAUUCUCCCGAUCAUUACUGGGAAUGAUACUCUUAUAUAGAAAGGAAUAUGAACUUAUUCAACAUCAACUAGUGAAUCAGCAAGUUGAAGAUAAAAGAGCAAAAUAUCAACUUUUAUUUAAAGAUCUCCUUAAGGGGACAGAUGGGACAUUAUCAACUGUUAGCAAAGAUGCAUUUACUAGGAAUUUACACUAUUUCGCACAUAUGAUAAGAUCUAAUACUCUGUAG